AUGGCUCAACUUGUUUCGUGGCUGUUACCGCUCACAAUUGUGUUUGUUGAAAUCCUGGCAAAUUUCGGAAACGGUACUUUUUUUCCAAAUUUAUUUUCUUCUAGUAAAAAAAUUCGUUAAAAAAAUAAAGAUACCGCGAAAAAAACUUUCACACUUUUUAUUAAAAAAAGUCGAAAAAUUUAAUUUUCAUGUUUUUUUCUUUCAGAAACGCUUGUUCCAAACACUAACACAACGCUGCAAACCUUAGGUAUUAAAAAAAUCAUUAGAUAGUAAAUAAAUGAGAUUUCAGCACAAAAUACAACAAGCUAUCCAGUGGCUGACCUAACGCUUAAUACUACGAAAGGUAAAUUGAAAACUUGAGGGUUAAGGUUGAAAAAUAAAUAAAAAUUCAGUGCCAAUUGCAUCUACUAACCUCACAAGCGCUAUAACUACUCCACUACCGAAAGGUGACUUUUGAGCUUAAAAAAAAAUAAAAAACCCCCUCCAUGCUCGUAGAAAAAAGAAUGUUUGAUUUUUUCAUGAGAUCGUACUAGGCGCUAGUCCAGGGCGCAUCCUGAAAAAUUUUUUACGGUCGUUUCAAAAUCCCCCCUUCAAGUUCUUUGCCAAGUCCCCUCCCCUUUUUCGGGUCCCACCGAAACUAUCCCAAGCAAAUUUUAAUUUCUCUCAAAAAAACAUUUUACAGUAACGAAAAAGGAAAAACUUCUACGACACGAGCACCUCGACCGUAUAUACGCUUUGUGGGACCACGCAGUAACUUUCUUUUUUUUAAAUAUUUUUUUUUCAAUGCUGUAAGUCUCAAGUCUCGAUCUACUCCUUUCUUUUUGAAAAGUGAUGAAUUUUCAUAGAAUGUGUGAUAAUCGGACCACUACGAAACCUGUCUGAUAUUCUCAAAUGCGACGUCAUCAACGACCUUCUCAUCGAUAAUAACACUGUUAUUGAUCAAAUCGAUCCAGAUUACCGACUUCGGUCAGGAAAAUACAUGUUAAAAGUUUUGAUGAUUUCAUUUCAGGGAGAUCAACGGUUGCUUGAAGAUCACGAACUCGGACAAUCUGAAGAACAUCGAUUUUUUGAUUCAAACGAGGUGCAACCAACGCCUGAAACAAUGCCAACAUGGUGAGACGCCGCGACGCGACCGCAGCGCGUGGCAAUAACGUCAUUUAGUUCAGAAAGGAAACAUUUUAGAGAUUAAUUUUCACGAGUAUAGCCCAUUCACGGCUAGCUUGGGACGAUAAGGGGGCGUGGCCUGUCUCUACCAAACAGACGCUAUCUCUUUUUUUUUAAAUCGGGUCAGGACCUAUUUUUGGAUGGCUUAGGCCGUGAAUCAGCUACAUUUUUCUUGCAUUGUGUUUCCUCUGUCAACAAUUAAAAAUUUUUUUCUCGAUCUACUUUUGUAAGUUUUCAGAAAAAGGGAAGUCUUUUAGUUCACGAAUAAACAAUUCAAAUUUCCUUUUUUUUUCAUUUAAGUCACAAAUAAACAAUUUAAAUUUUCUUUUUUUCAGAAAUCCGCAAAAAUUCAAAUUUGUGCUCGUCUUCUUCGAUUAAAUCGAAAAUUCAGUCUGAAUUCCGGAAUAUCAAAAUCGACAUCGAAACCGGCUCCUGUGGUGAUUUUUACUUGUGCAUCGAGUUUUAAAAAGAAUUAGGGUUGUGAGAGAAAUUAGAACGUGAAAAUGUGAAUUUUCAAGCAAAUGGUGUUUUUGGGACAUGCUGGAGAAGUCGGUCGGUCAGUUUGGGAAACUAGGCCACGCCGCAACAUUGCUCUAUGGAACACUUAGAAUUUCAAUCUCUCUUUUUCUUUUCUGAAUUUUUCUUCUUUUUUUUUAAAAUUUUACUGAGAAAGUUUUCGCUUAUUUUCAUUCAAAUGUAUCGUUCUUGCGAGAAAAAUACGAUGGUUACUGAAUUCAAAAUUAUAAACUGAUUCAAUUUUUGAAAAUUCUUAUCAAUUUUUCUGGAUCCAAAAUAACUUCAUAUAACCAAAUGAGUGAAAUAAAAAAUUAUAAAAAAUUGGAAAAUGAGAUAAUGUGUAAAAUACACAUAAAAAAGGCAAGAAACAAGGUUACCUCCGACAAAAGGUAAAAAAUUACCUAGGGAAACAAUGAUAAAUAAGGAAGAAUUCAGUUUGAAGUGAGGAGCAUGUGUCCCAUAUCCUAGAAAACUGAUAAAAAGGAAGGAAAAAUAUAGAAACAGGGAAAAAAGUCCUCGGACAUUGGUAACGCGAAACGGACGUGCUCCAGACGUUUCUGGGCGAUUCUAGGGGUCCCUUUAGAGUAGUGAGGCUACUAAAGUGGUCACUAGAAAUGCCCCGACACGUCCGAUUUGCGUCCCGUUCGCGUUACCAAGGUCUGAGUCUGAAAUCCGAUUUUCCAUGGAUCCAUGGAGCAGAUUUACGGCGUGGCCUAGUUUUCCAAAUCGACCGACCGACCUUUUCCAGCAUGCCUGUUUUUGGUAAAAAAAAUCCUAGCAUGAAUCACUAAAUGACUUCAAAAAAAUUAUCUUCAGAACAAAUUUGCCCCGGCGGCCUGGUUGAUGAGCAAUAUUUCCGCGACUAUCUACAACGUGGAGAUUGUCGCAUCAUCACCGGAACCCUGAAGAUUGUUGGUUGGACUGGUAAUUAAAUAAUUUUUGGUUCGAAGCGAAACCCGUGAAGAGUCGGGUGCAAAAAAAUCUAUUUAAAUCUCGGGUUUUCGACCCAAAAACUUUUUAGAUUUUUUUGGGAUAGUAUUUGUUUUCGUUAAAAUUUGAAACACGGGAUUAACUACAAUAUAGUCAAAAGUUAGCUCAGGUUCGAUUCCACUCGACGUUUUUGCCAUUUUUUCUUUUUCCAGCCGUCCCCACUUGGUGGAGCGCCGUCGCCGCCAUUGAGGAGAUCCAUGGCCGGUAAUUAUCGUUCUCAAUAAUUGGUUUAUUUUGAAACUUUCCAGAUUGAUAAUCAAGGAAAUCGGUCAUAUAAACAGCUUGACUUUCGACAAUCUUCGCAAGAUUCAUAACAGGAUGCAACGUUAGUCGUGACGUCAUUCAUAGUCAUUUAAUGACGUCACUCGUGUUUUUAUUGAUUUUAUCGGCCUUCUAGAUUAUUUUUUUAGGUAGUUGACUGAUAGUUUUUCUGUUUUUUUUUAAAUGUUUUCAUGAUUUUUUUUUUAAAUUUUUAGCUAAAGAUUCUUCCAUUACUUCUCCACCCAAAAACAAAAUUAGUGACAAAAUCCAUGAUUUCAUAGAUUGAAAAGAUGACGUCAUCUUGUUCGUUUGAUGACGUCACUGAAACGGAGAAAAAAAAAUUCCAAAAACAUUUUUUCAGGCCCCGCGAUCGAAAUCGCGAAAAACUCUUUUCUGAAAAAUCUGCGAUUUCCGAAAUUGUGAGUUUUCUUCAAUUUUUUUCAGAACAAUAAAUGCAGUUAUAGACAAAUUAUUCAAAAAUUAUAUCUUUUAUAUCAAAAAUUACGGUAACCGUCUUUUUUUCUCAGAGAGCUGGUCGACUCGCCAUAUUCUCGGGUAAAAGUGCUGGUCGAUGAGAAUCCGCGACUGAAGACGGACGACUUGGAAAGCGAUUUCCACAAGGCGGGAGUUCGACCGUCGGAGAUUGAUUUCCGGGAGAGUGGACUGCAUGACAUUUGUGAGUUUGGCCCAGGAAGCUCCGUAAAAAGGUCUCUGGACUUAUAGCCUGUGUACCGCGACUUGGAAUUUCACGGAACGACAUUCCGCUGUGCCGCUGCGCGCCUUUGCGAAUCUUGGUUGCGCUUUUAAUUUUUUUUUCAAGGAACUCUACUUUCAUGUGCUCCCACAGCAAUAAAAAUCAAUUGAAAGCGUGACCUAGAUUCGAAAGACGCUUCGCGAACGCACGCAGCGGAACAGCGUAAUGUCGUUCCUUGAAAUUUCAAAUCGUGACACACAGACUAUACCUAUCUUUUUUUUUAUUGGAGUCGCUAAAUCGAAAAUAUUCGUGUGAUCUUGUGAUUAUUUGAACUUGACUAUCGAAUUUUCAAAAUUUGAAGCGAAUUACUAGCACGUGAGCGUUUCCUUAAAGCUGCCUUCUUUUAAGAAAAUUGAAAAAAAUUACCCUUGGAGCUCAUUUUCGAGAAGUGCUCUUGAAUUUUUUCCCACUUUCAGUGACCUACAUCAUCAUUGUCAUGUUCAUGAUCUUGUUCUGCUGCAUGGUCGGGGCUUGUUGGUCCGUUUUUUUGAUUUUUACCGACUUCUUCCGGUUUACGCACUUUUACUAGAUAAGCAAGUUCGGUAGUCGUUGUGCCACGACUUGAAAUUUCACUGAACGACAUUCCGCUGUUCCGCUGCGUUCGUUCGCGAAGCGUCUUUCGAAUCUAGGAAACGAUUUCAAUUGAUUUUUAUUGCUGUGAGAGCACAGGAAAAUAGAGUACCUUGAUAAAAGAAAAAAAAAAUUUUAAGCGCGACCAAGGUUCGCAAAAGCGCACAGCGGAAUGUCGUUUGGUGAAAUUCCAAGUCGCGGUACACAGGCUAUACUAAAACAUUCAAUUCUAUGUGAUAGAGUUGAUUUUUGCUGAUUUUUCUAUGAUAAAACUUCUCGGAUUAUGUUUUAAUUGAAAUUUAGAAUACCUCCAAGUAUCAAGUAGUGUUUUUUUCAAUUUUUCCCGAAUUUUCAAAGGAACAUCUUUUCAGGUGCAUUAUGUUUGUGUGCAAAUGGUGUAUCGGGAAGGAGGAGGACCAAAAAAAUAAAUAUCCGACGCCGACAUUUGCGGUGAGAUUUUGAUUGAUUAACUCCUUUUUGAAUACAAUUUUUUUUCCUAUUAAAACACUCGAAAAUUCAGUCUUUCGAGCCUCAUACGGCGGGAACACCGACAAAAAUUGAUGUUGAAAACAAAUAA